AUGCGAUACUCAAUUCUGCUCCCGGCUCUGUUAGCCAUACGCUCAACUCUUGCAAGACCGAGCCAACCCGAGAUCGCCAACACCACAACUCUACCCACUCACUUCGGUCUACUCACGUUUCCACACUUCCAAGCUCUCGACAUCUUCGGCCCCAUGGACGUCCUUAACUCGCUCUUCAUGUACUACCGAAACACAUCCAUUGUGCCGCAUUUUACUGUCUUCAGCAAGACCAUGGAUCCGGUGACGUCGGCCAUGACGGCUGGAGGCUUUGGGCAAGAGAUCAUGCCAACCAUGACUUUCUCAGGCUAUUUGGAUGGGUCUUCUCCAACAGACAAGGGGGAAAUUGACGUCCUCUUCGUUCCGGGCGGUGGAGGGACUCGCAGAGAUAUGACCGAAGAGAUCAACUUCGUCAAGGCUACUUACCCAAAUCUCAAAUACAUCGUCUCCGUCUGCACCGGCGCAACAAUCCUCUCACGCGCAGGCAUUCUUGAUGGCCGCAAGGCAACUACGAACAAGGCUGCCUGGCCCUGGGCUACAUCAACCGGUCCCAACGUAGACUGGGUACCGACUGCGCGAUGGGUCGAAGACGGCAAUAUUAUCUCAACCAGUGGAGUUUCUGCAGGUAUCGAUGGAACGUAUGCGUUCGUUAGUCGCGUGUAUGGCGAGGAGGUUGCGCAUUUCUUGAGUUUGGCGUUGGAGUACAACCGUGAGUUGGACGCGCACCAUGAUCCUUUUGGCAAGAUUUGGGAUGUUCCUGGUGCUACCUAG